GAGAGUCACGUGCGAAGCACCUGACGAUUCCCCCAAGCCAGCGAAUGCCGUCCCCGCCCUUGUUCCCAUUCUCGUUUCCAUCUGUCCAAAGCCUGCAUAGAUCGACGACCCGCUUCGAUUCGUUUGCUCUGUAAAACCUCGCGAAUCUCCGAGCAUCCGGCUCCAGCUGUCGAAUUUGAGCUGCGGACAUCGGCGUGCCGUGUUGGUUGGGGUGUUUCGGUGGCAGACGGAGUAGGCGCGUGCUGUUUUGGGCUGCUCCGCGGCCUGAUUUCGUUCUCCAGUAUCGUUCGAUUAGCCACCAUAUGUCUGUGUAAUGGAGAAUGUGAAAGAUUGGAGGUAGCGCUUGUUUGUGGACUAACAAAGCAAACAACAUGAAUUAUCUUCUUGGAGCAUUUAAACCAUCAUGCAAUGUUUUUAUCACAUUUGCCGAUGGGAAAAACCGUAAGCAGGUUCCUUUGAAGAAGGAAAAUGGCCAAACUAUCAUGGUCCCUCUAUUCCAAAGUCAAGAAAAUAUAUCUGGCAAGGUAUCAAUAGAACCAAUUCAAGGGAAAAAGGUUGAACACAAUGGUGUAAAAGUUGAACUCCUGGGUCAGAUAGAGAUGUACUUUGACAGAGGGAACUUCUACGAUUUCACUUCUCUUGUUCGUGAGUUGGAUGUCCCUGGUGAAUUAUAUGAAAGGAAAACGUACUCCUUCGAAUUUUCUACAGUUGAAAUGCCUUAUGAGACGUAUAAUGGAGUUAAUGUGAGGCUUAGGUAUGUCCUGAAAGUAACAAUCAACCGCGGGUAUGCUGGAAGCAUUGUAGAAUAUCAGGAUUUUGUGGUUCGGAAUUAUUCUCCACCGCCAUCAAUAAACAAUAGUAUCAAGAUGGAAGUUGGAAUUGAAGAUUGCCUACACAUUGAGUUUGAGUAUAAUAAAAGCAAGUAUCAUCUGAAAGAUGUCAUUAUUGGAAAAAUAUAUUUUCUUCUCGUGAGGAUCAAGAUAAAAAACAUGGAUCUUGAGAUCAGGCGUCGAGAAUCAACAGGCUCAGGGCAAAAUACCCAUGUCGAGACAGAAACCCUCGCCAAAUUUGAACUUAUGGAUGGUGCUCCUGUCAGAGGUGAAUCCAUACCCAUUAGAUUGUUUCUUAGUCCUUAUGAAUUGACGCCAACCUACCGGAAUGUCAACAACAAAUUUAGCGUGAAGUACUACUUGAACCUUGUUCUUGUCGACGAAGAAGAUCGGCGGUAUUUUAAGCAGCAGGAGAUCACAAUAUUUAGGUUACAAGAGACGUCAACAUGAUCCAAGAAAAGCAGCACAGAAUUGGUCUAUUGAAAGAUGAAAUUGACUGCCUUGUGACAUCUUGUAAGGCCUUUGAAUUUUAGGAUUCAAUAGUGGGACAGACGACUUUUGGCUUGUAAAGGGCAACCGCUGAUCGUUAUACCAGCUUUAUCACGGCUUUGUUUUUGGUGUGGUUGCUGCGGUUUCCUGCAGGGAUGAAGAGAAUGACUGGGUGGCUUUUAUUAUGGAUGAUCUACCAGUUGGUGUCGCAAAUAAUAAUCUGGUAUUGCAGGAGGUUCCUUGCUGCUUUCACAGAAACUGCAUCUACUCCAUGGCGUUUAGACUUAAUAUGCAGAAAAUGGCACAUUUAGUGCAUUAACAUGUGUUGAUUGGUCAUUAUCAGCUCCUCGGUUUUCUGGUCCUAGAUGUAUGUACUCUGGAGUCUUGUUGUUUUAACAUUGCUUCUUGCCCGUAUAUAUUUUAUACUACUGGACCAUUAGUUCCGCAUGGC